AUGGAUUUGGGCUUGAUCAAUGGUUUCCGCAUGCGCAUUUCUCUUCAGAACCCUGGUGACCUCCUCAAUGCCCGUAACACUUUUCAGCGCAAGGCGUUUGUGGGUGUUCUCGACUCUGACGAAGAGUCCUCUGAAGAGCACCUGCUUAGCAUCUUGCAAACUGUCCAGCGUUGGCUGCAGAAGCCUGAAAACAAUCGGUAUGGAACCAAAGUUUUUAUCAAGCAACCUGGCUGGAAUUUGACUCCACCAGAUCCCCUCCCUUUACGCAAAAUUGACCACGUCUUGACAUAUGCCGAGAUUGUGCGUCUGAUUGGAGGUCUCUUUGAUGGUGUUGGUAACUCCUGGGCAGUCAACAACAUGGAAGCAGCCUCUUUGUUCUUCACUGAAGGCCACAUUCCUUUUGAAGCCAUCAAUGAUCUUGGUUUCCCAGUUGGAGCUGUCAACAAUGUCAUGGUUCAGAAUGUGCCUAUUGUAGCUCAUGCUGGUGGUGAUGGUCCCCCCCCUGCUGCAGCAGCCCCCUCUGAUGGCCCGCGCCCCCGCUGCUAA